AUGGGUGCUGUAAAGAGUAUAUUUUCAUUCAGAGGAAAUCGUCCCGCAGGAGAUGGAGAGGCUGCUGAAGCGCAAGCGGCCACUGCCCAGGAAGAGCAGGGAGGUGAAGCGGGUGAGGCAUCAGGAGUUGGCCCUAGUCAGGUAGGCCGCAAGCGGAAGGCCAGUCCAGAAGGACACCCGGAUAAAGUCCCCCCGAAAAAAAUGGCCCAGACUAAGUCCAGAGCCAUUUUUGAGUCACUUUUCCUGAGGGGUGAGAACAGUGACAUAAGGAUCCGCGCAUUUGAGGAGGAGUGGUGCUUGCACCGGGUCUACCUAUGCCGGUCUGGGUACUUUGCGAGCAUGUUCAGCGGAGCCUGGCUAGAGACAAACAUGGAUGUAGUAGAGAUGCAGAUGCCUGACAAGAAUAUUGAUUGUGAGUCUUUCUAUGAGACUUUGGGCUACUUAUACAGUAAUAACAUAGCAAUUCCUCCCAACCGAGUCAUCGCCUUCUUGGCCACAGCCAGUAUGCUGCAGUUGGAUGAGUUAAUUCUGCAGUGUGAGGAGAUAAUGAAGGUCUCAGUCAAUGUCGGGACUGUGUGUAGCUUUUACUACAGUGCUGAGAAUUACGGACUUGUGGACAUCAGAUACAUUUGCCACCAGUGGUUCUUAGACAACCUGAUGAUCCGGCAAAACAGCGAACUAUUGCGAGGUGUCGGUCUGGAUCUCAUGAAAGAGCUCAUUGCUUCUUCAGAUCUCUUGGUGAUUGGUGUGGAGAUAGAUGUAUACACUACACUGAAAAAGUGGAUGUUCCUGCACCUGGAACCCACAUGGUCAGGAUCCCAAGAAGCACUGUUGGCUGCAGCUGACUUGUACUUUGAUGAGUACAAAACCAAUUCAGAUGGUACCCCUUUUCUGGAAACUGAUCUGGGGAGAGCCUUUGGGCCAGUGUUCCAGCAACUAAGGUUCGCUUACAUCAUCUGUGACCUGCCUUCAGCACGUAUUAUUGAACAAGAUGCAGUGAUCCCUGCAACAUGGCUGACCCCAAUAUACAAAGAGCAAUGGCUAAUGCUUAUUCAGGCAGAGCAGUCUAGGGAACUUGGGCCAACAGAGGUCUACAUGUCUGAAAUCCGUGGAAACAGCAUGCGGUGUGGAGGGCAACUUGAUGCAGAUGAGCCGUGCAGCUGGAGCUGGUCUGGCUUCAACUUUGCCUGGGACUUGGUGGUGUCCUACACCAACAGGUGCAUUGUAUUCCGGCGCAGUGCACUGAACAAAUCCUGUGGCCUUAGUGUCAGCUUACUCUGGCAGAGAAGAGUUGUCUUUCGUCUGCGUGUGAUCUCAUUUGAUGGGACUGGAAAUGCUGUUUUAAGGAAGGACACUGGCUAUCAAGUUCUUUGCCUGAGAAGGCAUCAAGAACUAGAAGUGAUCAACCUAGAAGGCCAAGAGCUAUCUUUCCCCAUGUAUGUGGCAUGUAACUUCCUGUACAUUUCUGAAGACAGUGACCCUAGACAGUAUGGGCAGUCAAGCAGAAGUCCAAGAAAAUGA